CAUGGGCAUCUAGCUAGCUGCUCGCUUGUGCUGGAGCUGAAAACAUCGGGAUUCAACCUGUGGAGCCUCUGAUCGUCAUCAUGCUGAAGUCUAAAACCUUCGUGAGGAAGACGCGGUCCGGCGGCGUGGUGAAGAUCGUGCGGGAGCAUUAUCUGCGGGAAGAUAUCUGGUGCGGGAGCGAAGCUUGUACCGAGUGCAAACAGGAGUCCACGGUGCUGGAGACAGACGCGUGUCUGGAGAGCAGCCUGUGCUCGUAUCCACAUUAUCUGAUCCCUGACACCAACGUGGUGCUGCACCAGAUUGACGUGUUGGAGGAUCCUGUGAUUCGCAAUGUGAUCAUCCUUCAGACCGUGCUGCAGGAGGUUCGACACCGCAGCGCGCCGGUCUAUAAACGCCUGAAGGACAUCAUACACGAGAAAGAGAAACACGUCUACACAUUUACUAACGAACACCACAGAGAUACAUUUAUUGAACGGGAACCGGGGGAGAGCGCCAACGACCGUAACGACCGUGCAAUCCGCGUGGCAGCCAAGUGGUACAGCCAGCACUUGAAGAAGUUGGAGUCUGAGACGGAGGGUCUCAAGGUGGUCCUCCUCACCAACGACCAAGACAACAAGCGGAAGGCAGAGGAGAGCGGCCUGCUGGCGUACAAAUGUGAAGAGUACAUCAAGAGUUUGAUAGCAAACCCUGAGCUUGUGGAUCGUCUAGCAUUGUCCAAUGAUGACAAGAAUGAAAUCACUAGUAGUAGGGUGUUAUUCCCAGAGCACCUUCCUCUGUCAAGGAUCCAAGCCGGAAUUAAGAGUGGCGCCUUCCUCCAAGGCACCUUCAGAGCCAGCAGAGACAACUACCUGGAAGCCACAGUCUUUGUCCAGGGAGAGGGGGAAGACAGCACAGAGGUUCUUCUUCAGGGUCUUCAGCACCUCAACAGAGCAGUGUACCAGGAUGUGGUAGCUGUGCAGCUCCUGCCCCGAGAUCAGUGGGUGGCGCCCUCGUCAGUCGUGCUCCAGGACGAAGGUGCAGCAAAGGAUGAUGAAGCUGAAGAAGAGGAGGAGGAGAAAGCUUUGAGGUUAUCUGUCGCUGAAGCAGCCAGGAAACCCACAGGGAAAGUAGUGGGCAUCAUCAAAAGGAACUGGAGGCCAUUCUGUGGCAUGCUCAACGUCUCACUUAUAAAAGAGUCAACCCGUCACCUUUUCACCCCGGCAGACCGCCGCAUCCCACGUAUUCGCAUUGAAACACGUCAGGCGUCCACACUGGCGGGCCACAGGAUCCUGGUGUCCAUCGAUGGCUGGCCCAAAGACUCCAGAUAUCCAAAUGGUCACUUUGUGCGCAGCCUGGGCAAUGCAGGGGACAAGGACACAGAGCAGGAGGUGCUGCUACUGGAGCAUGACGUCCCGCACCAGGACUUCUCCCAGGCUGUGCUCAGCUUCCUUCCCAAGAUGCCGUGGGCCAUCACACCAGAGGACAUGGCGAAGAGGGAGGACCUGAGGAACCUGACAGUCUGCAGCGUGGAUCCUCCAGGAUGUACAGACAUAGACGAUGCCCUGCAUUGCAGAGAGCUGGAAAAUGGAAACCUUGAGGUGGGGGUCCACAUCGCUGAUGUCAGUCACUUCAUCAGACCUGGUAACGCUAUGGACAAAGAGGCCGCCAACCGUGGCACCACCGUCUACCUGUGUGGGAAGAGGAUAGACAUGGUCCCUGAGAUGCUCAGCUCCAAUCUCUGUUCACUGCGCUCCAACGUGGAGAGGCUCGCGUUCUCCUGCAUCUGGGAGAUGAACCACAAGGCAGAAAUUGUGAAGACACGGUUCACAAAAAGUGUCAUUAACUCCAAGGCAUCUUUGACCUACGCUGAGGCCCAGAUGAGAAUCGAUGACGCCAGCAGGAAUGACGAUACAACCGAGAGCCUUCGGGGUCUCAACAAACUUGCCAAAAUCCUCAAGAAGCAGAGGAUAGAGAAAGGGGCAUUGACGCUGUCGUCCUUAGAGGUCCGCUUCCACAUCGACAGUGAAACCCACGACCCCAUUGACCUCCAGACCAAAGAACUCAUGGAGACCAACUCCAUGGUGGAGGAGUUCAUGUUGCUGGCCAAUAUUUCAGUCGCCCAGAAGAUUUAUGACGAAUUUUCCGAGUGCGCUAUGCUGAGGAAACAUCCAGCGCCGCCUCCGUCCAACUACGACGUCCUGCUCAAGGCGGCAAAGUCCAAGGAUGUGGAGAUCCACACGGAUUCAGCCAAGGCGCUGGCUGACUCUCUGGACAGGGCCAAAGUGGACGGCUUCCCAUACUUCAACACGCUCCUGCGCAUCUUGGCCACUCGCUGCAUGAUGCAGGCAGUCUAUUUCUGUUCUGGUAUGGACAGCGACUUCCACCACUACGGCCUUGCUUCCCCCAUCUACACACACUUCACAUCACCUAUCAGGAGAUACGCAGAUAUAAUAGUUCACCGCCUGCUGGCAGUGGCCAUAGGAGCAGACAGCACCUACCCAGAUUUAAUGGACAAACACAAGCAGUCAGCCCUCUGCAACAACCUCAACUACAGACACAAGAUGUCUCAGUAUGCCCAGAGGUCGUCUGUGGCCUUCCACACACAGUUGUUCUUCAAGAGCCGAGGCAUUCUUAACGAAGAGGGAUAUAUUCUGUUCGUGAGGAAAAACGCGAUCAUUGUACUCAUCCCUAAGUUUGGCCUGGAAGGAACAGUCUUCUUUGACAGCAAAGACAAAACCGCCCCGAACCUUGUUUUCGAUGAAGAGAUUCCCUCUCUGACCAUAGAGCAGCACACCUUCCACAUAUUUGACAAGGUGAAGGUCACAAUCAGCCUGGACGAAUCCAAUGUUCAGCACCAGAAGAUCCGCAUGUCUCUGAUCCAACCUGUGAUCCCUGGUGUGAGUGUUCCAGCCCCUGUCGUUGAACCACAGGCCAAGAAACCCAAACUGGAACAGUGACAGAAAGAUUCUCAGGAACACCAGAUCAAGAAAUCCUGCAUGUCUAUAAAAGAGUCUCCUUGCGCUUUUUGAUGCAGGGGCGUAAAUAACUGUUUUACUUAAAGCACAUAAUCCAUUUUUUUGUCCUUUUUAUGAUUUAGACAAGGAAAAGUCAUCAAUGCACUAUAACUUGUCUUGCAACAGCAAAGUAGACAAUUGAAUCAUUA